UAGACUAGAUGGUUUGGUGCAAAAGUUUUAUUCAGUCCCAUUUCAGCGUUGAUAGUUGUCGGUUGUAGGUUGUAGCUGGUAGCUUCCAAUUACAACUAUGCUCGAUAAUAUAAUCGUGUACAAUAAUAAUAUCUGUUACGUGAAUUAAUUUAGUGUGACAUUUUACGUGCAAUAUUUGGCUGAUGCAAUGCAUUCCUGACAUUUUCAGCGAAUAAUUUAUAAUUGUUAGUGUGGAAUUGGUGUGAAUUGUAAGAUUUUUUAAAUAUCAUCUAAAGACGAUGGACUACUCUCGGCCAAUAUGCGCCUUUCUCGCUCUAGUAGUAUUCUACUUAUCCCACCUCGCACAAACCGCAGAUGCAAAGAUAAACUUCAGGGAGAAAGAGAAACAGAUACUGGAUCAGAUUUUAGGGCCAGGAAGAUACGAUGCUCGCAUCAGACCAUCGGGAAUCAACGGCACUGGCGAUGCGCCGACGUUUGUACAUGUCAACAUGUAUCUUCGAUCAAUCAGCAAAAUUGAUGAUUACAAGAUGGAAUACUCUGUGCAGCUGACGUUCAGAGAACAAUGGUUGGAUGAACGGUUGAAAUUCAAUAAUCUAGGAGGUCGGCUGAAGUACCUGACGCUGACAGAAGCGAACCGCGUCUGGAUGCCCGACCUGUUCUUUUCCAAUGAGAAGGAGGGCCACUUCCACAACAUCAUCAUGCCGAAUGUCUACAUCCGGAUCUUCCCGAACGGCAACGUGUUGUACAGCAUCCGAAUCUCGCUCACGCUGUCGUGUCCCAUGAAUCUCAAGCUGUAUCCGCUGGACAAGCAGACUUGUUCUUUAAGAAUGGCUAGCUAUGGUUGGACAACAGACGACCUCGUAUUCCUGUGGAAGGAGGGCGACCCAGUCCAGGUUGUGAAGAACCUUCAUCUUCCUCGCUUUACACUUGAAAAGUUCCUCACAGAUUAUUGCAACAGCAAAACUAAUACUGGUGAAUACAGUUGCUUGAAAGUGGACCUGCUCUUCAAACGCGAGUUCAGCUACUACCUCAUCCAAAUCUACAUCCCAUGCUGCAUGUUGGUCAUCGUCUCCUGGGUCUCCUUCUGGCUGGACCAGGGUGCUGUGCCAGCGCGUGUCUCACUCGGAGUGACGACGCUCCUCACAAUGGCAACACAGUCAUCUGGCAUCAACGCGUCACUCCCGCCUGUCUCCUAUACCAAGGCUAUCGAUGUGUGGACAGGGGUCUGUCUAACGUUCGUAUUUGGUGCAUUGCUCGAGUUUGCACUCGUCAACUACGCGUCUCGUUCUGACAUGCACAGAGAGAAUAUGAAGAAAACGAGACGGGAGAUGGAGGCCGCUGCCAGCAUGGACGCGGCUUCCGAUCUGUUGGACACAGAUAGUAACACUACCUUCGCUAUGAAGCCGCUCAUGCGCGGCGCGGACGCAAAGAUGCGCCAGUGCGAGAUCCACAUGAGCCCGCCCAAGAAAAACUGCUGCCGGAUCUGGAUGUCCAAGUUCCCGACGCGCUCCAAACGGAUAGACGUCAUCUCGCGGAUCACCUUCCCGCUUGUCUUCGCACUCUUCAAUUUGGCUUACUGGUCGACGUACCUGUUUCGCGAUGAGGAAGAACAAAAGUGAUUCUCGCGUUCAGGUGGCGACGUGGGGCAGGCGCUCCAACUGGGGGCCGCCGUGCUCACGCCCUACAUCGUCUUCGUGCUCGUCUACUGCAUCUGUCUGCGCCGACCCGAACCCUCGCUCUCCGCUCGCACCCGCCACCGGAUAUGAUCCCACGUGCCCGGUAUCAACCCGGGCCCAACCACAGAUCUCACCAGCAACACACCAUCAACCAUCAAACCGAACCAAUCUCACGUUCUAGUUCCACGGCAGAAAUCGGACACAUCACAUCAUCCCACGUUUCCGAGACCAUCUUUAGUUCAACGACGCAACGUGCUCGGACCAUCGAGACCCAGAAUGAAUUUGAUUGCUCAGAACUCUGGUUCGCAGCCCUUGAUAGUCACUAAUACAAAUGGAUUCCCAGUUAGACAAGGGCCACGCCGCGCCAUGUCUGAGUCAGGGCUGCUUCCACCUAGACCAAUGUUCCCUAGAGUCCGACCAGGCAUGGCUAGUCCACCUGAAAACCGCUAUUUACUGCUCUCACAGGCAAUUGCGGCUCCUAGGCAAAACGGCAGUCCAAAGUCUGGUAGUUCGAGUACAAGUAGCCAAUCCGCAACCACAAUCAAAUCUGCGGUAAAUCGUGAAGCGUCACAAAAGAUUAGUGAAGAUCUGAAAUGCGAGUCGUCCUCAGAUAUCAUCCACGUAGAUAGCACAUCAGAUUCCAACUCAUCCGUACCGGCACACCAGUGUGAAUGUAGAGAGUGUGUGAAUGUUGAGAUUCAUACUAGAUUGACACUUUAGGACUUAGUCACCGAUAGUGUAUAGUGUGAGUGAACCAUGUCAUGUGAAAACCAGUUCAUUGGACCACAUCUGUAUCUGUGAAAACAUUUAGAGUAGUUCUAGUGUAGAUUCAUUUUAGCUAAGUAUCAUAUUUAUAGCUCAAUGUAAGAUUGUAGGUAUAUAAUUUCAGUAUGGCAGACUACUCAUUACCCCUUCCUACAUUUCAUGCGUUUCUAUGUUGGCUGUGACUUAUUAUUAAUUCAAAAUGUUAUAUAAACAUUGCUUUAACAUUGCUUUCAUCAAUAGCUAUGACAGUGCAUGUAAGAUUUAAAAAGUUGGUUAAAUGCGGGUAGAAUUGUAAUCUAUAGAGCAAUGUGGGUAUGUAUAUAAAUGGCAGUUAUAAAGUUUUUCGAUAUUUUUACUGAGGUAACCGUGUAAAUGUUCGUUGGGCGAGAUACAGAGUACAAUAAAUUAUGUAUUAUAGUCGAAAUCACAAAUGGCUUAGUUUCAGCACAAUUUGAUAAAAUCUUUUUUUACAUUAUCAUUGAAAAUGUUUAAAAUGGUGCAGUAUAAUAGCCUCUUUCUUGUUUUACGAACAACAUUAAGCAACUUUCAGUUUAUCAUCGUUGCUUUUAUAAGAAACAAUCGAGUGUAGCUUAUUAUUAAUCUUUAAAUAAUUUCAAAAAAUAAUCAAGUAGUUAUAAUCUAAUGAUAAUUUAACUCCUACAGAAACUUCACACUGCCAAUGUGUAAUACAGUCAUUUAAAAUGAAUAAAUUUAAGUGGUUUAUAUUUUAUUUUGUAGAUAUAAAAUAUUGGCUAUUACGCCGCACAGUUUUAUGUACAUGUAAAGAAGGAUUUUUUCAUGAUUAAUAAUAAUAAUAUCAAUCGAUAAAUUUGUUUUAUAAAUGAAUCUUAUAUGAGUAAGUAAAUAAUCAAUAUUAAUUCAUAUAGAUCGCAUUAUUUAUGUUCCAAGCAGUGAAGGUUACAAGUUAAUAAAUCUACUUUUGAUGGAGUAGAUCUCAAUUGAUGAAGACAAGCCUUUGACAUUUUACGUAUUGACGGAAAGUCAUGUAGUUGUAAUAAAAAACAUAGAAAUGAAGAUUCUGUAUUGUAACAAAAGGAAGCCUUUAUGGGCUAGUAUUAGAAUGAAACAGUUGCCCAUAACAUAGUAACAGACAUAUCAGAUAAUAACACUUUGGCAAUUACCAGAUAGCCGAAAAAAGAAAAAACUGGCCCUUUUAUGUCGUAUUACCUAUACAAAGAUUGAUUUCUUGAGGAAAAUUUUCAACAAGUGGAAUCCGACCAACACUGCUUGAAAUUAUAAUAAAUGGAACGUCAGAAAUAGUAUGUUAGUGAACUCUAAAUAGUUAAAUUAGCUCAAAUAUCAACCUCUAAGAAUUUAAAUUAGUUAAUAAUUAUGUAUUUAACUGUAGUAUAUAGUAGCACUUAGGUAUCAGAAAAAAAAUCUGGCUAAGACAUUCUCAUCUGAGAUUAAAUGAAUUUAUAAAAAAUAGAUGUAGUGUAGUUUUAAAUAAAUAAUGUUUAACAACAAAACCUUGCUAAGAAAAUAAUACCUAGAUUUAAUGCGCAUGAUGAGAUAAAAUGGAGGUUCUGGUUGACAGGUGAGGUUUAUCGCAGUUUUCUGAAUUAUUUAACUCCUAAGUCUGCUCAUGGGGGAUACGGCUCGAGAAACCCUUCAAAGUUUUGACUGCGAGUAGUGACUGCAUAGCAUUAUAUAUUUACAUACAUUUUUUUAAAAAUCACGUCCUAAUUAUCUUGAUCAAUGAAAAUGACGUCAGUCAUCGGGUUACUUUUGAAUAAUAUCAAACCCACGCACAUAAUGAUGUAGAAAAACAACCUGUCGAUUAUAACCUUCAAACUAUAAACAUUAGAUUAUUAUUGUAAAAUGAUUUAUAAUUAUCUCACAGCUUGUGACCCCGGUUACGACUAUAAUAUAGCAACAGUAUAUAAAUACAAAAGCAUAUUAAAUAUCUUAAUGAAUAACUAGGCAUUAGAGUGUUUUUGUCUGUGUCGAUUGGAGUCUAAGCAAUAGACCUUUCACGCAUUUAUGUUUACUUAAUCACUGUAACAACGAAAAAUUGUUAAAUAAUACCAAUUUUUAUUGUUCGAAGUUUGCAAGAAAACAAACCUAAAAAAAUGAUAGUAUUUAAGGUCUGCAGAAAUACAUCAAAAACUGUGUAUUUCGAGAUGAAAUUUGAAAGCACAAAGCUUAUCGAAUUGAAGUUUCAACUUUACUGACCAAUAGCACCCUAUUCAAGAUGAGGAAAAUAGUCAGUAGUUUUGAAAGAUCAGUUUCUAUCAAUAUUAUCGUGGUAAUUUCUAUAAUAUUAUUAUGGUAUUAUGUCGAUUGCAUUUUAUUUCAAAGGUGAUGUUUUUAAACAUUGAUGAAUGAAUUUGUAUAUAAUAGAGGACUCAAUGUACACCUGUGUCGCUCACUGUACAGUUACUAAAUUAUAUUAUAAUUAUUUACACACUUAUCAAUGUUAAACUUUAUCGAUGGUGCGAGUCAAAUACCUGACAAUUUUAUCGGUAUAGUCACAGAUAUAUCCCGUGCCAAGAAAUCAAUUUAAAGUUAAAGAAUUAAAACGCAAAAUUGACCGAAGAAGCGUUGCAAGAGAGCAUGAUCAGCGGUGAUAAAUUCCCCAGUGAUGAACACACGCUUUUUUCCUUUUGUUACAUUUAAAAAAAUGUCUCAUUGAGGUAGAGCGCGGUAGGAGUCAUAGACUUUAUUACUGGGUGUAAUUUAUUUUUGCGGUCAACGCACGUUUGUGGCAAUGGAUUCACGUGACAGCGGAAGCGCUAGUCUACCUUAGCGCCCAGAUUGCGAGCUGAUACAAGUAGCAAUCAGUCUUAUUUUAAUAUUAUUCUAAAAUAAGAAAGUUAAACUAAGUUAAAGUUAUUGACAUCUGGUUCAUUCAGGUAAUUACCAUGUUAGUGAAUAAUAAUAAUAAUAAGAAUUGCAAUAAUUGCAAUAUUGUAGCCCACGGUUGUUACUUCCCAUCAGAUGACCCGUACAUUCGUUUGUCCUACUGUUUGAUAAAAAAAAAUACCAAACUGCUUUCAUUUCGGUCAAUAAUAUAUUUAAAAUAACAGAAACAGUAACUUGCAUUUUUUAAUGUCUACCGUAUUGUAAUGGAUUUUUAUCCUCUGAAGAAACAAAACAUUUUUAUCAAAUAUUUAAAAAAAUAUUUGCUAUGUUAGUUAUAGACCUCAAUCUUUAUGUUUUGAUUUUGGGACUAUGUCUGUGGUAAGACUCGUACUAUCUUAUUUAAUACUAUAUCAAUGUUGUCUUCACACACUGUCACUGCUACUACUCAAAUAUAUUAUGUAUGUUUCAUAUGUAGCACUAAAUGAUCAUCGCAGCUCUGGGUUUGAUAAAUACCUUGUUUGUAAAGUAACAGUCACGUGUAUUAAAAGUGAAUAAAUUAAAUUAACUUGAGGUAACUUAAGAAUUCAGUCUUGUUAACCAAAUUAAUGAAAGUUUUCUAUAUAUUAUAGUUGUUUUUGAUCCAACACGGACCCUUACACGCGAUGGUGUAAAGUACGUAUAAGAAGAAGGAUGUCAUUGAUAAACAACUAAUAAUUCAUAGGAACGAUUCUCAAUGAGACAUUCAUUAUAUUAAUUUUUUAUUACCUGAUUCCCAAUAUUAUAAUUUCUUUUAUAUGUACACUCCGUAUUGGGGCGGAGAAGAAUACAAUCCCCCAAUCCCACGUCGGGAAGACCAGGGUGUCGUAAAAGGCGACAAAACCCGACAAGUGGAAGGGUCAUAUGGGACCCGCCUGGCUUCGUACCACUCACCUGCUAGAGGCAGUUGUUAUCACUUCCUUUUAUUUCUUCAGUAAACUUCUUUCGUUUUACACAUGUUACAAUGGUUCUUUAACAUCGCGUUAAUUUUAGUUUUACUGAAAUAUUUCUGGAAAAAUAUUUCAUAUGGCAGCACAAACGUAGCUUCUUUCGUGCUGCCAGUGUCGAAGUUCGGCACGAUGAAGAACCAAUUUAGUCAAAUCUCUAGAAAUAUUUAUUUUUUAACCACUUUCAAAACCGUAGAAGUUGAUAACACUUAGUGUAGGUGUGCCAGUUGGAAUGUUAUAACACGCGGGAAGUAUUCAAUUUUUUUUUUCAGUUUAUUCACUAAGGUUUAACCUUUACAUAUAGCAUCAGGCAUCAAUUGCGUUACUUAGAUCUUUUUUUAAAUUAAAUUUAUUUUUUAUUAUCAUCAAACAUUUAGCAGUUUUCGUGUUCAGCUAUCUUGAUCCAAAAAGGGUAAAAGUUUACAAGUCGGUAGAGAUAAUACGAAGUACAAACUUCUUUAAUUAGAUACUCAUAUUUAAUUAGGAUAUAUAGGAUAAUAGAUGUAAGGCUGUAUAGUUGGAAACGAACACGAUAUGUAUUACCUCCCCAAAUUAAGCUGUGCUGUCGUGGUGUCCAUAAAGCUUUGUUAGUGUAAAUAGUUACUGUGUGCUAAAUUUAUUUCAUUCAUUUUGACGUUUGGCGAGACUCUUUUGAGGUUUAGAGAGCCCGCCAAACGUCUGGUAGCUAGGGUUGCCACUACACAGAGCCUCUUUUGGGGAUUUUUGCGUUACAUUUAAUGUUUGAAGCAAUGUAAAUAAUUCUGUCAUUUUAUUUUACUAUCAUUUGAAAUUAUAUAAUUUAAUUUAUGUUCCGUUAUUUUGUUUUCUAAAUUACAGUAAACAAGGAAACAUGAUGAUAUUAUGAGUUCUUGUUUAACAUUUCUUCGUUUCCAACUUUGCAAUGUGUACUUUAGCCAUGGUGAUUCUCAAUGUUUUCUUGCCAUUUAACUGAAAUUUCAUUGACAUACAAUGACAGACUCUAGACAAGUCUAUAAACAUUAAUAAUUAAAUAUUAAUUUUUAAUGUUAUAGCGAACGUAUAAAAGAUUGCACAGACUAUACAAUAAGGCAUCGGAUAUUAAAUUUAUUUAGAAGAUGGUGGUGUGCAAAGGAUUAAAAAUUAUAAACAUAAUGUUAGUAUUAGAUAUUUAUCAAAUGGGAAGCUUGAAAAUGUAACUUUUGCCAGUUAAUCCUUUCAAACUAACAUGCGAACCGAAGUAAAAGUGGAUUAUAUUUUUAAUAAUAAUAAUUGUUUCUCAUUAUCUACUAAAGUUUCCGACAUAGCGUCAAAUGAUUGCGAAACUGGACUGUGGGCAGGGCACAUAGUUCGACGGACAGAUGGGGCAGAAAAGUCCUCGAAUGGCGACCACGUACCGGAAGAUACAGUGUUGGUAGGCCCCCCACAAGAUGGACAUCUUCCGGCUGAUGAUGAUGAUGAUGAUCAACGAAAAUGACGAUGUAUAUAUGAUUAUAAUAAGUAUUGUUAAACAGAACAGAAGAAAGUGGAAUUGGGCCUGUAGUGUGUGAUAAAGCUAACAGUCGGUAUCUAAUGAGUAAUAAAAGAAAGUGGCAAGAUGACAAAUAGUAUUAAUUUUGUAUAAAUAUCUGUUUGUUUUAACAGAGAAACGUUUAUAUGAAUAUACGAUCAUAUUCAAUAACUACUUAAAUAAGUAAGCCCAUGUAUUGUAUGCUCUGAACUCUAUGUGUGUCUUUGUUUUUUUUUUUUUUUUUAUUUUUAGACAACUUUAAUAUAGAGAGAACAUUACACAAUUCCGUUUGUAAGUAUAUUGUGGAAUAUCUAUCAUAAAAAUAUGGUACCUAAUUAUAUAUUCUAAUAAAAGGAAAAUGGAGUACUUUGUUACGUACAAACGGAUUAUAGGUAUUAAAUAAAAAACGACACAUUGCUGCGAUGAUUAUAAAUAUAUUUAAUGAUAAAUGUUAAUUAAUGCGACAAAUUGGUAACCAAAUGCUAUUAGGAACACGAGAUAGUUUGUUUUGAACAAUAACGAAGCUAGGCGAAAACUGAUUGAAACAUAAAAUGAUGGCGCAAACUAAAAAAAAACUCUGUUGAUAAUAGGAACGGCAAAAAGACCGCGGAAGGAAGAAAUAGUAGCAGUGAAUUAGUUAUAGUGACGUAUUUCUAAAAUAUUUGGUUGCCAAUUAGUCGUAAAGCUAAGUAAAUAUAAGUAAAUGGACACCAAAGACAGUCAUUCAUACUCUCAUUUUUCUCCGUCCCUGAUUUUAUUGAGUUAUGUAGGUACCUAUACAUAUUUUAUUCUAGAUCUAUUUUACAGACCAACGUACAGUUUAUUUAAAUACAACUUGUGUAUAAUAACAUGUUUGAUACAUUAAAAAAGCGAUUUCUUUUUGCUAAAACAUAAAUAAAGAUUACUACAGAAGUAUAAUGUAACAGACAAAAAUUGUUUUUUAGUAUAUGUUUUUCUGUGGUUAUGAAUUACAAAAUUCGAAUAUAAAUUACCAUUAUCAAUAUAAACUAUUUCUAUGUUCUUGGGCUGUGGUGAAAAAAAAAUAUCGAUUUUCAAAUUAUGAAUACUGGCAACAUAAAUUACAUGGUAGACUUUGUCGUUGGGUCAAUCACGAUGCACAUCUGAAAAGUCAAUUAAAAUUAUAAAUCUGUCAUUUUUAUGAAAAUUACCAAAUUAUAUCGCCAUAAUGAAAGAACUAUACCUAUUAGGCAAAUGUUUGCUUUUAGUAUAAAAUAUCCCCACUUGUUUGAAUACUGUGUAAGUAAUUAUGUUUUAACUCGACUGUUAUUACUGUAUGAAUAUUGGAUAAGAGGUGUUUUAAUAAAAUUGUACCUAUC